GCACAUCGAACCGCUUACAAGUGCUGCAUAUCCUAACUGGAGUCGUUGAUCGCACCGGUCGUGUUUAGAGACUCCGCAGUUUCUGUUCGCAACCAAAAGUACAGGAGGAGGAGAUAGUUUUGAGACGGACAGCCUAGAGGAAUUUAUCACCUGCACCUGUCUUUUUGAAAUGACUCCAUAUCUGUAUUCGGCACUGGUUGUGCUAUUUGCUGGUGUGGUGACGAGCCUACCUGCUCCCCUAGCUGAACCUGACAACAUGGUUGAUAUGACACACAACCUCGUGGGCAAUGACGAGAUGCCGAAAUGGCCUGGGCACAAGAAAUAUACGUUUACAAUCGAAAAUAGAGGAAACUAUCAUGGAACUGGCCUAUAUGUCGAGUUAAAUUCGAUAUCCCUGUCGGAACACACGGCCACCCACAUGGAUGCCGCAGCUCAUUUGGGGAAGCCAGGGAACCGCAGAGUCCACCAGAUACCUCAGAGAGACCUUGUCUCGGAGGCUGUCGUGGUGGACAUCCGAGAGAAGGCAAAGGCGAACCGGGAAGCCGAACUAACAGUAGAUGAUCUCAAGAAGUGGGAAAGUAAAUACGGUCGUAUACCAAACAGGGCAUUCGUCUUCAUGAAUUCGGGAUGGGAACAGUACUGGACUAACAAGACAGCAUUCCUGGGGACGAAGUCGUUUGAUGACAUGAAUAGCUUACAUUACCCUGGCGUCAGUGAAAGUGCAACGAGAUGGCUAAUUGAUGAACGGCAUGUCUUGGCUAUAGGCGUGGAUACCAUUUCGCUGGAUCCAAGCAGUUCAACGACCGCUGGAACACACAGAUACCUUCUUGGAGAGAAAAAUCUGUUCGGUUUCGAGAUGGUUGCAAAUCUUAACAGUCUGCCGCCACGUGGCGCCACCGUCUUCGCCUUUCCAAUGAAAAUAUAUGAUGGAAGUGGCGCUCCUUUGCGGAUGUUUGCAUUUUGGAAUAAUGCGGGCUGCGAGUUCCAGCCAUCUGCCCCUUUGCUUGUACUUAUUGUGUUAUCAGUUUUUCUCAGCUAAAUGCUGAAUAUAACUCAUUAACAUCAA